ACUUGUCAUUCCAGCAUUUGUCAUUCCAGAUUACCAGUUCCGUUUUGCAAUAUUUGGGAUAUUUUUAUCUAUGAUGAAUUCAAUAUUUCAUUUUACCCUGUUAUGCAUUUGGAUGCUUUCUUUGACAACGGCAUCAAAUACAACCCUUCAAAACUUAUUUAAACGGAUGCCUUUUGACAAAUACCUUAUUGUGAAAAGCCCAGCUUUUCCGAGUCAGUCAGCAAGCAGCAGGCUGCAAUGUAGUGCUCUUUGUGCCAGAAAUAAUUUCUGCAGAUAUUUUACAUAUGAAAGAAGCAAUUCAAAAUGUUCUUUGCUCCAUUCCUGGAAUGAUACUCUUGCUGUUCAAUCUUCGUCUGAUUCACAAACUUAUUAUUCUAUUGAUGAAGGUAACAUCUGGAACAUGAUUUACUUUGUAAAAAGUGAUGUGAAUAUCAACGUAACUACAAGUUUUUCUGAAGGUGGAAUAUCCGGUUGUCAGUCUCCAGUUGUUAAUUCAAAGGUCGAUGUAGCAUCACAAACCACAGAAGAAAAUGAUAAAUGUUCGAACUACUAUCGAAGCAACCUGAUUGAUAUUUGGAACAACCUGCCAAUUGCAAAGGUAAAACUGGUUAUAAAGAAAGAUUCAGAAGUGGCUGUGUCGUUAGUAUUUGAUGGACGUGAUUCAACAAAGCAGUCCUGGUUUGAUGUCAGUAAAAUUGUCGACAGUCCAUGGCCUUUUGAGGCUAACAACACAAGACUCCAAUUUGCUAUGAAUAAGUUCACAUUUGUUUAUGCAAUAAAGAAAGAGGAAAAAGCAUUUUGGAUGACUAUAUCAACUAUACAUCAAGAUCUUAAAUUACUUUCACCAGUUAUUCUGUUUUCAAACACAACAACAUUUUCCUAUUCUACUGAUGGAAUUCUAGGAGACUCCCUUACUAUUUAUGUCAGCUUUGAAAAACAGCCAGCCUCAACCUCAGAUAAAUCAGAAACUGUAGACAGAGAAAGAUCAUCAGUGAAGUCAAAAUAGGAUGAUUGAAGAGUAUGGCCACCGCCAAGCUGAGAUAAAACAAAUUAUCUACGCCAGUGUUUCUCAACCAGUUUUUAUUUAUGAACCCCUUUGGGUACUUUUUUUACUCUGGUGGACCCCACUGCCCCAUAGCCAUUUGAUGCUUAGAAACAAGUUUUACAGUGAUUUUUUUCAAAAUUCCUAUUUGGUUUUCACCCAUUCACUUGCGUAGGUUAGCAUUAGCACUCUCUGACAGAACACGUUUCAGUGACCGGAAACAAGUUAACCCUUUCGUUACCAACCUACCUGAAACUGCUUCUGGCUCUGAGUACAAAUGUCUUGUUUUCAUAAGUUCUGAAUUAAAAUCUUCCACCAGACCUUAAUCACAAUUUAUGUUCCUAACACUAGCUGAAUGAUAACUAAGUUAUUUUACUAAAUUAUUUGUUAUAUUUAAAAGUAAUUGAAAAAAAGAAAAAAACACAUACAGAGCCUCUUAAAAUAAAUACUGUAAUGAAAGGGUUAAUCUAUGUAAAAGAAAUCUGUUUCUUGCAAUAAAGACAUCAUGUGAAAUGAAAUUUUUUUAUGAAUCCUUAAAAUACUACUGUAGAUCCCCAAUUUACUGCUUAUAGGGUCCCUGGUUGAGAACCACUGAUCUAGGCACUUUAUAAUCUGCAGGUUCCUCAAAAUCGUUAUGCUUUCUCCAAACAUUCUGGUGUAAUUUUUUUUUUUUAUUAAGAGGUCGCCAAACCUUGUGUAACUUAAAACCUUUUCACUAAACCUAAAUCUUGCACUGACACAACCCAUGCAAACAUGGGUUUUGCUCUUCUUUUCAAUAAAAUUUAUUGAAUUUUUUAAUGCUUUCUCAGUGUUUGUUGACUGAUUAAAUAUUGAUUGUUGUCUGGAAUUUUAAUUUUGCUGUUUUGAAUAAAUAUUUGGUAAUCAAACCUCUUAGUACUUAAACUGGUUGUAUUAGGGAGAUAAAUGAUAUCUCAUCAUCAGAGAUGAGUUAAGAGAGUUUCACUUGAAGGAAUUAGUAGAGUUCAUUAUAUAAGACAUUUCCUUUUUCCUCCCCUAAUCCUUUUGAUAACCACCCAUGAACAAAGCUGGAAAACUAUAGGACUACACUAAUUUCAUCUGUUAAUUACAGACUCGUCAACAGUGUCCACCCCCAUUGCUCAGUUGGUUCAGCUAAAACCAUCUGUCAAUUUAUAUAUUUACCAUGUAAAUUCAUGGCUGAUUUAGUGAAAUGCUAAUGUGUAUACUAAAAAUGAAUAUAAGCUGCUUAUAGUAAUAUAUAUAUAUAUGUAUAUAUAUAUAUAUAUACAUACACACACACAUAUAUAUGUGUGUGUGUGAGAAUGAAUGGACAAACAAAAGAAAAAAAGACACUCGACAUAUUUAGUAGGAGUUAUGUUAUUAUUUAAAACAGUUUGAUUCAGUUCCAUGUGACUUAAAGUUUCGCAGGCUCCUGACAGAAACACAGCUCAUUCAGGCUCAGAUUAUUUAGCACCUUCAUCCCUCAAAGGGAUGAAAUCACUAAAUAUAUAAUUUUUAUCCAAAUCCUGAAGGCACCCUUUUUCUUAAUAUAUAUAAAAUCUGCACACCACUUCAAACAAUCUUUAAACACAUGGACAUGGAUA